GGCGGCUGCGAGCAGCUGCGUGGGCUUGGCGCGACCAGCGUCGCAAUGGGACCCCUGUGGCUCUUGGGGGCCUGGGGCCUCUGGGGGCUGCUCCUGUGUGCCGCGGAGCCCCGCACAGAUGGCUCUAAAAUAAUACCGAAAAUCACAGAGACAAUACCUAAAUACGGCAGCAUCAAUGGAGCAACAAGGCUGACUAUCAAAGGAGAGGGUUUUGCUCAAGCAAACCAGUUUAACUAUGGAGUUGAUAAUGCUGAGUUGGGAAACAGUGUACAAUUAGUUUCUUCUUUCCAGUCAAUUUCUUGUGAUGUAGAAAAAGAUGCUAGUCAUUCAACUCAUAUUACGUGUUAUACUAGAGCAAUGCCAGAAGAUUCCUACACUGUUAGAGUCAGUGUGGAUGGGAUUCCUAUUACAGAAAAUAAUACCUGCAAAGGUCACAUCAACAGCUGGGCAUGUAGCUUCAAUGCAAAAAGGUUCAGAACCCCAACAAUAAGGAGCAUCACACCAUUAUCUGGAACUCCAGGUACAUUAAUAACAAUCCAAGGGAGAAUCUUCACUGAUGUCUAUGGAAGUAAUACUGCACUAAGCUCAAACGGGAAAAAUGUUAGGAUUUUGAGAGUUUAUGUUGGAGGAAUGCCCUGUGAGCUUCUCAUACCACAAUCUGAUAAUUUGUAUGGUCUAAAACUAGACCAUCCAAAUGGAGAUUUGGGUUCUAUGAUUUGUAAAACAACUGGGACUUACAUUGGUCAUCACAAUGUCAGCUUCAUCUUAGAUAGCGAUUAUGGAAGGAGUUUACCACAGAAAACAACAUAUUUUGUUUCGUCUCUCAAUAAAAUUUCAAUGUUUCAUACAUAUGCAGAGGUCACUACGAUUUCACCUUCACGUGGAAGCAUUCAAGGUGGCACUACACUAACAAUCAGUGGGCAGUUCUUUGACCAAACUGACUUCCCAGUCAGAGUGCUAGUUGGAGGUCAGGCCUGUGAUAUUUUGAAUGUCACAGAAAAUAGUAUAUAUUGCAAGACACCACCCAGACCUCAUCUUCCCAGAACUAUAUAUCCAGGUGGGAGAGGCCUAAAGCUGGAGGUAUGGAACAAUAGCCGCCCAGUACAUCUUGAAGAGAUUCUUGAAUACAAUGAAAAUACACCAGGAUACAUGGGUGCCAGUUGGGUAGAUUCAGCUUCCUACACUUGGCCCAUGGAUCAAGACACAUUUGUUGCACGCUUCAGUGGGUUUCUGGUGGCUCCGGAUUCUGAUGUUUAUAGAUUCUAUGUCAAAGGUGAUGACCGUUAUGCUAUUUAUUUCAGCCAGACUGAACUUCCGGAUGAUAAGGUGAGGAUUGCAUAUCAUUCUGCAAAUGCCAACAGCUAUUUUUCCAAUCCAACACAAAGAUCAGAUGAGAUUCAUCUUCAGAAAGGAAAAGAAUAUUACAUUGAAAUAUUGCUGCAGGAAUAUAGACUAAGUGCUUUUGUUGAUUUUGGACUGUACCAGUCUACAAAUGUCUAUACUGAACAACAAACAGGAGAUGCAGUAAAUGAAGAGCAAGUUAUCAAAUCCCAGUCGACAAUGGUUCAGGAAGUACAGGUUAUAACAUUGGAAAACUGGGAAACAACUGAUGCAACUAAUGAAGUUCAGAAGAUCAUGGUAAUCAGCCCUUGUGUGAAAGCUAAUUCAUGUUCACUUUACCAAUACAGAUUAAUCUAUAACAUGGAAAAAACAGUUUUGCUGCCGGCUGAUGCUUCUGACUUGAUGCUGCAAUCAGCCCUAAAUGACCUCUGGUCUAUAAAACCAGAUACAGUUCAAGUAAUAAGGACACAAAACCCUGAGAGCUAUACCUACAUGAUAACCUUUUUAUCAACUAGAGGAGACUUUGAUCUACUCGGUUAUGAAGUAUUUGAAGGGACUAAUAUCACACUGGAUGUUACAGAACUAACCAAAGGAAAACCCAGUUUGGAGACAUUCACACUGAGUUGGGAUGGGAUUGUUUCUAAGCCUCUUACCUCAUGGUCAUCAGAAGCUGAAUUUCAGGCAGCAGUGGAGGAAAUGGUUAGUGCCAAGUGUCCACCACAAAUUGCAAACUUUGAAGAAGGAUUUGCUGUGAAAUACUUCAGAGAUUAUGAAACUGAUUUUAACCUGGAACAUAUUAAUAGAGGGCAGAAGACAGCCGAGACUGAUGCCUACUGUGGUCGUUAUUCCCUGAAAAGCCCAGCUGUUCUUUUUGACUCAGCAGAUGUUAAACCAAACAGACUACCAUAUGGAGACAUUCUAUUAUUUCCUUAUAAUCAGUUAUGUUUAGCAUACAAAGGAUUCCUGGCAAAUCAUAUUGGUCUAAAAUUCCGAUACCAAGACAAUAGCAAGACUACUAGAAGCACGGAUGUACAAUUUCCAUUUAACUUCGCUUGUGGAAAUAACUGGACCUACACUUGCAUAGACCUUCUCGACCUCAUACAAACCAAAUACGCUGGGACUAAUUUUUCUCUUCAAAGGAUUACUUUACAGAAGGCAUCCCAAUUACAGUCCUUCUAUGUGGAUAUAGUAUACAUUGGACAGACGUCUACAAUCUCAACAUUGGAUGAAAUGCCAAAGAGAAGACUACCAGCAUUAGCAAGUAAAGGAAUAUUUUUAAAGCACUUUCAGGUGAAUCAGACCAAAAUAAAUGGAUCAACUAUGACCAACCAAUAUUCUGUUACCAUGACCGCAUAUAAUUGUAGUUAUGAUAUCCCCAUGAUGGCUGCCAGAUUUGGGCAGAUAAUCACAAAUGAGACAGAGAAUGAAUCUGUCUACAGAGGAAAUAAUUGGCCAGGGGAAUCUCAGAUUCGUAUUCAAAGAAUUCAAGCAGCGUCUGCACCUCUAAGUGGCAGCUUUGACAUUCAAGCUUAUGGACAUAUUCUCAAAGGCCUCCCCGCUGCUGUGUCAGCUACAGAUUUACAGUUUGCUCUCCAGAGUCUGGGAGAAAUGGGACGAGUUUCAGUUACGCGAGAGGGAACCUGUGCUGGAUACUCAUGGAACAUCAAGUGGAGAAGCAUGUGUGGAAAGCAGAAUAUUCUACAGAUUAAUGAUUCCAACAUUAUUGGAGAAAAGGCUAAUAUGACAGUUGUAAAGAUAAAGGAAGGUGGCUUAUUCAGACAGCGCGUUCUCGGAGACCUACUUCGUACACCCAAUCAACAGCCACAGGUUGAAGUCUAUGUCAAUGGAAUUCCAGCUAAAUGUUCAGGUGACUGUGGGUUUACGUGGGAUCCCAUGACUACUCCCCUAGUCUUGGCCAUAAACCCUUCUCAAGGCUCCUAUGAGGAAAGCACAAUUCUAACCAUAUCAGGCUCUGGAUUUUCUCCUAGUUCAGCUAUAUCAGUCUCAGUUGGACCAACAGGUUGCUCUCUUCUUUCUGUGAAUGAAAACAAGAUCAAAUGCCAGAUUCUGAAUGGAAGUGCUGGACAUUUCCCAGUUGCUGUGUCCAUAGCUGAUGUUGGGCUAGCACAGAAUGUGAAGGAUGAGGUAUUCCACUUCACGUAUCAGAGUCAGAUCUCACACGUCUGGCCUGCUUCUGGAAGCCUAGCAGGUGGUACUCUACUGACUCUGUCUGGAUUUGGUUUUAAUGCAAAUUCAAAGGUAUUAGUUGGAGAUGAAAGCUGCACUGUGGUUCAAGGGGAUUUUAAUAUUAUAACCUGCAGAACACCAAAAAGAAUUGAGGGUACAGUUGAUGUAUCAGUUAUUACCAAUGGAUUUCAAGUCACAGCAAAUGAUGCUUUUAGUUAUAAUUGUUUACAGACUCCAGUUAUAACUGAUUUUCACCCCAAAGAACGGGCAAUACUAGGAGAAGUUAAUUUAACAAUUAAGGGCUAUAACUUUGGAAAUGAACUCACACAAAAUAUGGUAUAUGUUGGAGGAAAACCUUGCCAGGUUCUUCACUGGAACUUCACAGAUAUUAGAUGCCUUUUGCCCAGGUUAUCUCCUGGAAAACAUGAUGUCUAUGUAGAAGUCAGAAAUUGGGGUUUUGCAUCAAAAAGAGACAAGUUACAGGCUUCUAUACAGUAUAUUUUGGAAGUGACCAACAUGUUUCCACAGAAAGGGUCCUUAUAUGGUGGAACUGAAAUCACUGUAAUGGGUUUUGGGUUCAGCACGAUACCAGCCGAAAACACUGUGCUUUUGGGCUCCUUUCCUUGCAAUGUGAUAUCAUCUUCAGCCAGUGUCAUAAAAUGUGUUCUUCAUUCAACAGGGAAUAUAUUCAGGGUUACUAACAAUGGGGAAGAUUCAGAACAUGGAUUAGGUUAUGCCUGGUCCCCAUCAGUCUUAAAUGUGUCCGUGGGUGACACGGUGACAUGGCGUUGGCAAGCCCAUCUGUUUCUUAGGGGAAUAGGAUAUAGAGUUUUCUCUGUCUCCAGUCCUGGAAGUGUAAUUUAUGACGGGAAAGGAUUUACUAGUGGAAGGCAAAAAUCUGCAUCUGGUUCAUUUUCUUACCGAUUUACAUCACCUGGAAUCCAUUAUUAUAGCAGUGGGUAUGUUGAUGAUGCUCACUCCAUUUUUCUUCAAGGAGUCAUUAACGUUUUACCAGCUGAAACCAGGCACAUCCCCCUGCACCUGUUUGUGAAUGGCACUGAAGCCACAUACACUCAGGGAGGACCUGAAAAUUUGCACUCGGGAAGCUCUGCUGCAGGCUGCCUAGCAACAGAACCCCUGUGUGGCGUGAACAAUACUGGGGUUAAAAAUUCAGAUAAAUUGCUCUUUGAGCUUUCAAGUUGUUUUUCACCGUCUAUAAACAGCAUUAGUCCAUCCAUUGGAACAGUAAAUGAAUUGAUAACAAUUACUGGACACGGCUUCAGUAAUCUCACGUGUGCUAAUAAGGUUAAAAUUGGUAGCUACCCCUGUGUUGUAGAAGAAAGCAGUGAAAAUUCCAUUAUGUGUCACAUUGACCCUCAAAACUCAAUGGAUGUUGGCAUCAGGGAAACUGUCACAUUAACUGUCCACAACCUGGGCACUGCUAUCAACACACUGGCCAACGAUUUUGAUAGGCGAUUUGUACUUCUACCAAGCAUAGACAUGGUGUUGCCACUUGCAGGAUCAACUACAGGAAUGACAAGACUGACCAUAAAAGGCUCUGGAUUUGCAGUUUCUCCUGCUAGUGUAGACGUCCUCUUGGGUCAUUUACCGUGUAAAUUUCUAUCAGUGAAUUAUACAGCCAUUGAAUGUGAAACACCUGCUGCUCCUCAACAGCUUGUGGAUGUAGAUCUUCUAAUACACGGUGUGCCUGCCCAGUGCCGGGGGAACUGCCGCUUUUCAUAUUUAGACAGCCUCACGCCUGUUAUAACAAGAAUCAUCCCAAACAGUAUUCACGGAUCUGUACAAGUUCUUAUUGAAGGAGAAGGUUUGGGGACUAUCUUGGAAGACAUUGCUGUUUUCAUUGGAAAUCAACAGUUCAGGGCAAUAGAUGUUAAUGAAAAUAACAUCACUGUUCUUGUGACUUCUCUCCCAGCUGGACUUCAUUCUCUUACUGUUGUGGUGGGAACUAAAGGCUUGGCUCUGGGAAACCUUACUGUCAGCAGCCCUGCGGUAGCAUCUGUCUCACCAACUUCUGGAAGCAUUAGAGGUGGAACUACUUUGUUGAUCACUGGAAAUGGCUUCUAUCCAGGCAAAACCACAGUCAUUGUUGGAGAUGACCAUUGUGAAAUUAUUUCUGUCAACUCCAGUGAAGUCUACUGCCGUACCCCAGCAGGGGAAGCUGCAAUGGUGGAUGUAAAGAUCUUUGUUAGUGCAGUGGCUUACCCACCUCUAUCAUUUACAUAUGCCCUGGAGGAUACUCCAUUUCUUCUAGGAAUUGUCCCAAGUAGAGGUCCACCAGGAACUGAAAUUCAGAUCACUGGAUUUAAUUUUGGUAUUGAUGACUUGGAAGUUUCAGUGCUGAUUAAUAAUGUUCGGUGUAAUGUAACCAUGGUCAAUGAUAGUGUAUUGAAUUGCGUCGUUGGAGAGCAUGCUGGUGGCAUUUUUCCUGUUACAAUGCACCAUCAGACAAAAGGCUUUGCUGUGUCCACAGUUGUAUUUGAGUACCCACUUACUAUUCAAAGUAUUCAUCCAAGCCAAGGGAGCUUUGGUGGAGGUCAAACCAUGACUAUGACAGGCGCUGGGUUUAAUCCACAAAAUUCAGUUAUAUUAGUGUGCGACUCAGAAUGUGCAAUUGAUAGGCUUAGAUCUGAUUACACAACCUUAUUAUGUAAAAUUCCACCGAAUAAUGGCAGUGGACCCGAGCAAGCCUGUGAAGUGACUGUGGUCAAUGGGAAGAAUUUAUCACAGUCCACGACUUCAUUUAUGUACAAUGUGUCACUGACUCCACUCAUCACCAAAAUAGCUCCCAAGAGAGGCAGUACAGCAGGGGGCACCAGACUUACAGUCAUGGGAUCAGGAUUCAGUGAAGAUACGCAGGAUGUUCACGUCACCAUAGCUGAAGCCAAAUGUGAUGUUGUAUAUUCCAACAAGACACACAUUAUCUGCAUGACAAAUGCCCAUGCUCCUUCAGGAUGGGCUCCAGUUCAUGUCCGCAUCAGAAGUGUUGGCAUGGCCAAACUGGAUAAUGCUGAGUUCUUAUACGUUGAUACUUGGUCUUCCAACUUCUCCUGGGGAGGAAAAUCUCCUCCCAAAGAAGGGUCACUUGUUGUUAUUACCAAAGGACAGACAAUUUUGCUGGAUCAGAGUACCCCUAUUCUGAAAAUGUUGCUUAUUCAGGGUGGAACUCUGAUAUUUGAUGAAGCUGACAUUGAACUUCACGCAGAAAAUAUCCUAAUUACAGAUGGAGGCAUUCUUCAGAUUGGGACUGAAGCAUCUCCAUUUCAACACAAGGCCAUCAUUACCUUGCACGGGCAUCUGCGGUCUCCUGAGCUGCCUGUGUAUGGUGCCAAAACGCUGGCCGUGCGAGAGGGAGUCCUCGAUCUGCAUGGUCUGCCUGUUCCUGUGAUCUGGACUCGUUUGGCUCAGACUGCCAAGGCAGGGGAAAGGACUUUGGUUUUACAAGAAGCUGUAGCGUGGAAAGCAGGAGAUGACAUUGUAAUUGCAAGUACAGGACACAGCCCUUUGAAGAGCUCUGUGGUGACUAUUCUCUGGGGGCCGGAGAUGCUAGUGGAGGAUGCUGCAAUGGAGUUGGGUUCCCUGAUCUCAGUGGGAAAAAUGGGAACCCAAAGUGAAUUUGCUACACAGACAUGUCUUCAAGGAAAGUUUGGAGAAGAAAUAGGAAGUGACCAGUUUGGAGGCUGCAUUAUGUUUCAUGCUCCUGUACCUAGUGCUAAUAUGGUAACCGGAAGAAUAGAAUAUGUAGAGGUAUUCCAUGCUGGCCAGGCUUUCCGGUUGGGGCGAUAUCCAAUACAUUGGCAUCUGCUGGGCGAUUUGCAGUUUAAGUCUUAUGUAAGAGGCUGUGCAAUUCACCAAACCUAUAACAGAGCUGUUACUAUCCAUAACACACAUCACCUUCUGAUUGAAAGGAAUAUUAUCUAUGAUAUCAAGGGAGGAGCAUUUUUUAUAGAAGAUGGUAUUGAACAUGGUAAUAUCCUGCAGUAUAACUUGGCAAUAUUUGUACGGCAAAGUACUAGUCUUCUGAAUGAUGAUGUAACCCCAGCUGCAUUCUGGGUAACCAACCCAAACAACACCAUCCGACACAAUGCAGCUGCUGGUGGCACUCACUUUGGCUUUUGGUACCGAAUGAACAACCACCCUGAUGGACCAUCCUAUGACCGAAACAUUUGCCAAAAAAAAGUUCCUCUUGGAGAAUUCUUUAACAACACUGUUCAUUCUCAAGGUUGGUUUGGACUUUGGAUAUUUGAAGAAUAUUUUCCCAUGCAAACAGGAUCUUGUACUUCUACAGUGCCAGUGCCUGCAAUAUUUAAUUCACUUACCACUUGGAAUUGUCAAAAAGGAGCUGAAUGGGUCCAUGGUGGUGCCCUUCAGUUCCAUAACUUUGUGAUGGUAAAUAAUUACGCGGCUGGAAUCGAGACCAAGAGAAUCCUGGCUCCUUAUAUUGGAGGGUGGGGUGAAACCAAUGGAGCAGUGAUUAAAAAUGCCAAAAUAGUUGGUCAUCUUGAUGAACUGGGAAUGGGGCCUGCAUUUUGCACGAUGAAAGGCCUGCUUCUCCCAUUUAGUGCAGGCUUGACUGUAUCUUCUGUAAACUUCAUGAACUUUGACCGUCCCAACUGUGCAGCUUUGGGAGUGACAUCCAUCACUGGUGUUUGUAAUGACAGAUGUGGAGGUUGGAGUGCAAAGUUUGUUAACAUCCAGUAUUUUAAUACACCAAACAAGGCUGGAUUUCGAUGGGAACAUGAAGUGGUACUGAUUGAUGUUGACGGUUCACUUACAGGACACAAAGGACACACCGUCAUCCCACACAGCUCUUUACUAGAUCCUUCUCGUUGCAUUCAAGAACCCGAGUGGAGCACUGGAUUCCCUGGCUCUGUCUGCGAUGCCUCUGUCAGCUUUCACCGUUUGGCUUUCAAUAAGCCUUCUCCAGUAUCUCUGCUGGAAAAGGAUGUGGUUCUCUCAGACUCUUUUGGCACAAGCAUUGUUCCUUUUCAGAAGAAACGACUGACUCAUAUGUCGGGAUGGAUGGCUCUGAUUCCAAAUGCAAAUCACAUUAAUUGGUAUUUUAAAGGUGUAGAUCACAUAACUAAUAUAUCAUAUACAUCAACAUUCUAUGGAUUUAAGAAAGAAGAUUAUGUAAUCAUAUCUCAUAAUUUCACUCAAAAUCCUGAUAUGUUUAAUAUUAUUGAUAUGAGGAAUGCCUCUUCAAAUCCAUUGAAUUGGAAUACUAGCAAGAAUGGAGACUGGCACCUUGAAACAAACACUAGUACUCUGUACUACUUGGUAUCAGGAAGAAAUGACCUCCAACAGAGUCAGUCUGUUUCUGGGACACUGGAUCCCGAUGUGAAAGAUGUCACUAUUAAUUUCCAGGCUUACUGUUGUGUUCUCCAGGACUGCUUUCCUGUACAUCCCUCAUCAAGAAAACCAAUUCCCAGGAAGCGACCAGCCACAUAUAAUUUAUGGUCAAAUGAUUCUUUUUGGCAAUCAUCUCGAGAAAAUAAUUAUACCAUACCCCACCCAGGAGCAAAUGUGGUUAUUCCUGAAGGAACAUGGAUCAUAGCAGACACAGACAUUCCCCCACUAGAAAGGCUUAUUAUUUGGGGGGUUCUAGAACUGGAAGAUAAAUAUAAUGUGGAAGCUGCAGAGUCUUCUUACAGAAAGGUUGUUUUGAAUGCUACCUACAUAUCACUGCAGGGAGGUAGAUUAAUUGGUGGCUGGGAGGAUAACCCUUUUAAAGGAGAACUACAGAUUGUACUUAGAGGAAAUCGUUCUACCCCAGACUGGGCUCUGCCAGAAGGACCAAAUCAAGGGUCAAAGGUCUUAGGGGUGUUCGGUGAGCUGGAUCUUCAUGGAAUUCCACAUUCAAUAUAUAAAGCUAAGCUCUCAGAAACCGCAGAGGCAGGGUCCAAAGUCCUGUCUCUGAUGGAUACUGUGGAUUGGCAGGAGGGUGAAGAGAUUGUGAUAACAACCACAAGCUAUGAUUUCCAGCAGACAGAAACCAGAAGUAUCGUAAAAAUCCUGCACGACCACAAAAUUCUCAUUCUCAAUGAUACCCUUUCCUAUACUCACCUUGCUGAGAAAUACCAUGUUCCUGGCACAGGUCAGAGCUACACACUAGCAGCUGAUGUUGGGAUUCUGAGUAGAAACAUCAAAAUCCUUGGUGAAGAUUAUGCGGGUUGGGUUAACGAAUCUUUUGGUGCACGAAUCCUGAUCAGCUCAUUUACUGAAAAUAUGAUGACAUUUACAGGAAAAGCAAGAAUAAGUAAUGUCGAAUUUUAUCACAGUGGUCAAGAAGGCUACAGGGAUAGCACAGAUCCAAGAUAUGCUGUAACGUUUCUUAACCUAGGACAGAUUCAAGAACAUGGCUCAUCUUAUAUUCGAGGCUGUGCUUUCCACCAUGGCUUUUCCCCAGCAGUUGGUGUGUUUGGGACUGAUGGAUUGGACAUAGAUGAUAACAUCAUUUACUUUACAGUGGGAGAAGGAAUAAGAAUAUGGGGGGAUGCCAACAGAGUCCGAGGAAAUUUGGUUUCACUUUCGGUUUGGCCAGGAACCUAUCAGAACAGAAAAGAUUCAAGUUCAACUCUCUGGCAUGCAGCAAUUGAGAUAAAUAGAGGGACCAAUACAGUCUUACAAAAUAAUGUAGUUGCUGGAUUUGGAAGGGCAGGAUACCGCAUUGAUGGUGAACCUUGCUCAAGCCAGUCGAGUCCCAUGGAAAAGUGGUUUGACAAUGAAGCCCAUGGAGGUUUAUAUGGUAUUUAUAUGAACCAAGAUGGCCUUCCUGGAUGCUCUCUGAUACAGGGAUUUACCAUUUGGACAUGCUGGGAUUAUGGAAUUUAUUUUCAGACCACAGAGAGUGUGCAUAUCUCUAACAUGACCCUGGUUGACAAUGGAAUGGCCAUUUUUUCAAUGAUUUACAUGCCAGCUGCUGUAUCUCACAAAAUUUCCAGUAAAAAAGUGCAAGUUAAGAGAUCGUUAAUUGUUGGAAGCAGCCCUGCAUUUAAUUGCUCUGAUGUCCUAACUAAUGAUGAUCCUAAUAUUGAACUUACUGUUGCCCACCGGAGUUCUAGACCUCCAUCAGGUGGGAGAAGUGGCAUUUGCUGGCCUACUUUUGCUUCGGCACAUAACAUGGCACCCCGGAAGCCCCAUGCAGGAAUCAUGAGUUACAAUGCCAUCAGUGGCCUUUUGGAUGUCUCAGGUUUAACAUUUGUUGGAUUUAAGAAUGUUUGUUCAGGUGAAACUAAUGUAAUAUUUAUUACUAACCCUUUAAAUGAAGAUUUACAACAUCCAAUCCAUGUGAAGAACAUACAGCUGGUUGAUACUACUGAACAAUCAAAAAUACUUAUACAUAGGCCUGAUAUAAGUAAGGUGAAUCCAUCUGAUUGUGUAGACAUGGUUUGUGAUGCCAAAAGGAAAUCUUUUCUUAGAGACAUGGAUGGCUCCUUUCUGGGGAAUUCUGGUUCAGUGAUUCCUCAGGCAGAAUAUGAAUGGAAUGGAAACAGCCAACUUGGAAUUGGAGAUUACAGAAUUCCUAAAGUGAUGCUCACAUUCCCUAACGGAAGUAGAAUUCCUAUUACUGAGAAAGCACCUUAUAAAGGAAUUAUUAGAGAUGCAACCUGUAAAUACAUUCCAGAGUGGCAGAGCUAUCGGUGUUUUGGGAUGGAAUAUGCAAUGAUGGUUAUCGAAAGCCUGGAUUCUGACUCAGAAACUCGAAGACUUUCACCAGUGGCUAUAGUGAGCAAUGGUUACGUUGAUCUCAUUAAUGGCCCACAGGAUCAUGGCUGGUGUGCCGGAUACACGUGCCAGAGAAGACUGUCCCUGUUUCAUAGCAUUGUAGCUCUGAACAAAUCUUAUGAAGUUUACUUCACUGGCACCAGCCCUCAGAAUCUUCGACUGAUGUUACUUAAUGUUGACCAUAACAAGGCUGUUCGAGUGGGAAUUUUUUUUUCCACACUUCAGCGUUUGGAUGUCUAUGUGAACAAUUCAUUGGUCUGCCCCAAAAAUACAGUAUGGAACCCCCAACAGAAACGGUGUGAACUUAAUAGGCACCUGUAUACAGAACAAUUCCUUCCUACCCUGAAUUCCACUGUCCUUGGUGAAAACUACUUCGAUAGAACCUACCAGAUGCUUUACCUUUUGGUUAAAGGAACUAUACCUGUUGAAAUCCACACUGUUGCAGUCAUAUUUAUUUCUUUCCAACUACCUGCUGUAACAGAAGAUGAUUUUUAUAGUUCCCGUAAUCUGGUUAGAAAUCUCGCCUUGUUCCUAAACAUACCAAGUGACAAAAUCUAUGUCAGCAGCAUAAUACGAAGGAAGAGUUUGCGAGCAAAGAGAUCCACCGGACUCACAAUUGAAUUAGAAAUUGGAGAUCCUCCCACUCAGUUCAUAAACAAUGACAUUACAGAUCAGAUGCAAUUAUCUGAACUCCAGGAAGUUGCUGAUUUACUUGGACAAGCUAUAAUCUUAGAAAAACUCAGUAGUGUCCUUGGAUUUAAUGUCUCUUCCAUGUUUAUUACUAAUCCUAUCCCCAGCCCAAGUGAUUCUGGCUGGAAUAAGGUGACUGCCCAACCAGUUGAAAGGUCUGCAUAUCCUGUUCAUUAUGUGGCCUUUGUGUCCUCGCUCUCAGUUAUCACUCAGCCAGAGGCAGCACAGCCAGGAAAGCCAUUUUCCCAGCAGCCUUCAAUAAAGGCAGUAGAUUCUGAUGGUAAUUGUGUAUCAGUUGGGAUUACUUCACUUACUUUGAAGGCCAUACUAAAGGACUCCAAUAAUAACCAAGUCAGUGGUCUUAGUGGAAAUACAACAAUUCCAUUUAGCAGCUGUUGGGCCAACUACACAGACCUUACUAUUCUUAGAAAUGGAAAAGAUUAUAAGAUUGAAUUUAUAGUGGAUAAUGUUGCUCGGGUGGAGUCAAGGACUUUCAGCCUACCAGUGCAGUCUAACUCCAGCAGCAGCAGCAGCAGCAGCAGUAACAGCAGCAGCAGCAACAGCAAAGCAUCAACUAUGGGUCCAGCUGCCCAUCUAACUAUAGUAAUUAGCUGUCUCAUAGCUAGAAUGCUGCUCUUGGAAAUAUUUGUGGCUGCAGUUUUGAUUUUGAAUGUAAGUACCAUUCUUUUUUUUUUAUAUAACAGUUGUCUCCACAUAUAGUAAAUGUUUACUAAGUAUAGACUUUGUGUACAGCACUUGUGCAUGGCACUACUGGGUUCACAAAGACACAGUUUCAGGCACUGGGGAAGUAACAGCUUCAAUGGUGAAGACAAGGACAAUCCUUCAGGAAAUACUAUUCACACUAUGCAGUGGCAUAUAAGAAUGUGCAGGAUGAGAAGUGCUGGUAACGUCAGGACUCUCAGUUGCAGGGGGCAGAAGCUCAGCUCAAAUUGGUUUAGGCAGUAAAAUGAGCUCACUUAACUGAGAAGUCCAGAAAUAGUCUGGUUUCUGCCACAGCUAGAUCUAAGAGCUCAGAGGAAAUCAUCUGGAACCUGUAUCUCUCUCUCAGCUCCUUUCUUCUCAGUGUUAGCUUCACUCCUGAGCAGGCUCUCCACCCCCACCCACC